AGCAAUACUUCUAUUGAUCUUCAAUGCAAACAGCUACAAUGUAUAACAUGACUUUAUUCAGUGUUCUGCUGUAUUUGCUGUUUGGCGUGUUCUUAACAGACUGUUCCACUAUAGAACUGAUAAACAAUGGCUACAAUGGAGUGGUUAUCGCUAUCCAUCCUAAAGUAUCUGAAGAUCCAAAGCUUAUUGAAAACAUCAAGGGAAUGGUGAAGGAAGCUUCUUCUUAUUUAUUCACAGCCACGAGGCGGCGUGCUUUCUACCGUGAUGUUAAAAUCCUGGUGCCCAGCACCUGGGCAGAAAACCAUACUCUCUACAAGAAACCCACAAGAGAGUCGUACAAAAAGGCGAGCAUUAUUGUUGCGGAUCCAUUUUGUACAGACAUUGCCAGCACCCCGUAUGCAGUGACCAAUGGGCAAUGUGGAGAAGAAGGCAAAUAUAUUCAUUUCACUCCCAAGUAUCUCCUGCAAGAUGAGGUUGUUGAUAACUUUGGGCCCCGUGGACGUGUCUUUGUGCAUACAUGGGCAAAUUUUCGGUGGGGGGUGUUCAGUGAAUACGACACGCUGAAGAAACCAUUCUACCGGUCAUCCAAGGGACAGAUUGAAGCAACAAGGUGCUCAAAGGACAUCACUGGGUAUUUAAUUAAUCCUGGGACUGGAUCAAGCUGUGAAACUGACACAAGCACAGGUUUACCGAAAGCUGACUGCACAUUCAUUCCCCAUCAGAAACAAAACACAAAUGCAUCUAUAAUGUUCCAACAAUUCCUGCCUGACGUCACAGAUUUUUGUGAUGAGAAUACCCACAAUGAUGAAGCUCCCAAUCAACAGAAUAAAAUCUGUAAUUACAGAAGCACUUGGGAAGUGAUCAGACAGACGAAGGAUUUCAGGGGAAGCAACCCCCCUGUGUCCACUAGUCCCCCUGAAAUAACGUUUACUUUACUUCAGGCGAGACACAGGGUGGUGUGUUUGGUCCUGGAUGUAUCCGGAAGCAUGGGAGGUUUUGACAGGAUUACAAGGCUGCGGCGGGCUUCUGAAGUGUUUCUGAUGGAAAUUAUUGACAAAGGCUCGUGGGUUGGAAUUGUAACAUUUAGCAGCGAUGCUGCCAUUCAGAAAUCACUUACGUUGAUCGACAGUGAAGCAGUCCGGACAGAUCUGAUCAGUCAUUUGCCAAGUACAGCUGGUGGCGGGACCAAUAUAUGCAGCGGUAUAAGAAAAGGAUUUGAGGUUCUUCGAGGAGAUGAUGGAGAAACAUCAGGUGACGAAAUCAUUUUGCUCACAGACGGGGAAGACAGCGCUGUUAGAUCUUGUCUUGAGGAGGUUAAGAACAGUGGAAGCAUUAUUCAUACCGUAGCGCUGGGACCUUCUGCAGAUAGCGCCCUUGAGGAAAUGUCUAAUGCAACAGGAGGUCUACAGUUCUAUGCCUCUGAUAAAUUGGACUCAAGUGGAUUAAUUGAUGUUUUCAGUUCACUGUCUGUGUCCUCUGGAGAUUUUGCUGCAGAGGUUAUACAGUUGACCAGUGAUGGUAAACAAACUGAUGCAGGCAAAUGGUUUCAUGGGACCAUAUACUUGGACUCCACUGUUGGGAACAAUACAGUUUUCACUAUAACCUGGCAGACUGAUGUACCAACGAUACUAAUAACCAGUCCAAAUAGUCAAUCAUACAGCAACGAAGACCUACAAAUCAAGACUGACUUGAGAAUAGGUCGCUUAACCUUACCUGGGACUGCACAGCCAGGUUUGUGGGGAUACAAUAUUCUUAACAGUGGCAAAUCACAGCAAAGCUUUACAGUGACAGUAAACUCCCGUGCUGUGAAUGAGUGUGUGCCUCCGAUCACUGUGAAUGCUGAGAUGAACACUGAAAGCACAUCCUAUCCGACGCCAGUGAUCAUCUAUGCAGAAGUCAACCAAGGGUACACUCCUGUGAUAAACGCCAAUGUCACUGCCAUUAUUGAGCUGGCGAACACAUCCACAGUGGAACUGUCUCUUCUGGAUAGCGGUUCAGGUGCAGAUGCUUUUAAAAACGACGGGGUCUAUUCAAGUUACUUCUUCAGCUUCGGGGGCAAUGGAAGAUACAGCCUGAAAAUUAAGGUUCUGGGACUAGGAGGGACUGUAAAAAUUACCACCAGGGAAGGAAACAGUCUCCCUUACAGAUCAGGAUAUAUCUCCCAGAAUGGUACAGUCCAUUUCAAUAAACCACCUCACGCCAAUGAUACCACCAGUGAUGUUGGCAGUUUUAGCAGAAGCGGUAAAGGAAGCACACUGACAGUAAGCAAAGUGCCCGCAGAUCCCACAGAUGAGUUUCCUCCUGGGAGAGUCACUGACCUCACAGCAUCCAUUGUUGAUGACAAGAUCCAGCUGACAUGGACAGCUCCGGGGGAUGACUUUGACAAAGGACUUGUGUCCAGUUACAAGAUUAAAAUGAGCGGCAGCAUGGUGCAGCUAAGGGACAACUUUACAGGAUGUGACAUCAUCAACACGACAACACUGCAGCUAAAACCAGCUGGGGAGGUGCAGGUGUUUCUUUUCCCACGAGACGCUGCCAAAAUAUUCAACAGCACCAUCAUAUACUUCGCUCUCACUGCCACAGACGACGCAGGGCACACUUCAGAACUCUCCGUCAUCGCGCAGGUGUCAAUAUUCAUGUUCAAGGAAGCAAUUCCAACCACUAGCUGGCCAAUGAAUAGUUCAUCUACGGAACCAUAUCCAAUUCCUGCUCUGCCACACUCAACAUGUUGCCAGCACGAAUGGCUUGUAUUAUUGCUGGUAGGGAUGGGCCUGUUUCUGCAUUUACUCUGGUUACUGAUGCUUAUCAUUUGGUGGAAUGUGGGGAAAAAGGUGAUCUAUGUUUAUUCAGAUAAGGACACGGUGAUCAGCAACCCUUUCAGUACUGGGGUUGGUAUGUACAGCAGACAGAUGUAGGACAGCAGUGUGGAUUAAUGGUUAGGGCUCCUGACCGGAAUGUCAUGGGCAGGGUUGUCAGAUCUGUAUAACAUUUGUAAACAAAAAUAGCCAAAAAGCUGAUUCAAAAGCAAAAUUUUUUUGUUUUACUUUUACAUAAUAUUAUUGGUUUUCUUACUGAUGCCAACUGUUGUAACCCCCAAAUGAUUAUAAAUAGCGCCCCCCAAAGGCUCAUUUACACUGCCCACAACCUGCCAAUGCCUAGGGCCCUGCGUUUUUUUUCACAACUUGUUUUUUUAAGCUGUAUUUCAGUCCUGCACCACAACAUGCAGAUAUAGCCUCCCCAUUAAGCCACCUAGUGUGAGCAAUCAAAAACAAUCAAAUCAUUGCGUUACUUUGAUCAUCUCAAUUAGUCAUUCUGUUACUACAAAGUACAUGCAUUGGCACGUUAACAGAAAAAAUAGAAACCCGCGGCUGCAAAAAAAUAUUGUUUAUACAUACAAGAUUCGUUCUGUCAGUCCUCUGGCAAGUGUGGUCAAAAUGUAUAUAUUACAGGCAAAUCUUGGACUUGACAAAUGUUGUAAGGAUAUCGAGGAGAAAAUUCUUUAGACAUUCCUUUGUCAAGGUUGAUGUGUGCCUGUGGCAGUGUGCCCCGCCCAUGUGUGUGUUAUGUGUUGUAUGUUGUGUGUGGUGUGUUAAUGUUGGUGUAUAGGUAUUGGUGCACGGGAUAUAAAUGGGUCUGUGUAGCACGAGUGAUUUAAAAUAUAUAGUUAUAUUUAGGCACGGGGAUUCAUGUGCAGAUAAAGUAUGUGAGCACGGGACUGCACAAAUGAGUUCACGUGCUGGGAUUCAAGUGAAUAAUUAAUUGGUAAUUGAAUCCCGGCACAACAGUAUAUAUAGAUGCACGUUUUAGUCACUCGGGAUUGGGUGUUCAGUGUGGAGAGAACGGGAGAGGAAGUCGAGAGUAAGCUUUAAAAUAAUAAUUACAAUUGCUAGACGUGCUGAGUUAGAUCAGCACAAGGCUUGUUUGUUUAGCGUUCGUCCACCCUGUUUGUUAGUGUCUGUUCGUUUUUGUUUGUCUGUUUAUUUUGGCCUCAAGUGCCGUGUUCUGUUUUGUUCAGCUUUUAUUUUCUGUGUGUUAUUAAAACACUGAGCACCGCAGCGUCUCAGUUUCACUCACCA